CACUGGUUCUCGUGUCGCGUGUUGAUGCCGCUGUUCGAUGGACGGGCUUUGAUUGGCCGGUGCGCGUCGGUCAAUCUUCGGCCGCCUUCGAAAAGUUGCAGCGUUCAUUCGAGGACCACGGAGGAGCUCCAUCUCCAUCACCACUCCAAUGCGACGAAUACCGCGCCCGCAGCGGGCAAUCGACCCUUCGCUUCCCGUGCCGUCUCUGAUCCAGCGUCGGAUCGCACCAUCGCAGUGUCUACGCGCCGCCGCCGCGCAGUCCCAUCUCCGCACCACCUCCGCGUGCUUCUCCACGACCCCUACUUUCAACUUCCUCCUUGGCGGCAAGCAAGACAAGAAGAAGCACCAGGCGUUUGUGCGAAGAUGGCAGAAGAGAAUACUCGGUGACUCGGAGCCCAUUGGCGCGCAUGUCGACCCCUACGACCCGAACUCGCCCGUGCGCAUCGCUCCUGAGGAACAAGGCGAGGAGAUCGAGGUUCUCGAGGAGGAGAUGCAAGCCGUCAAGUCCGCCCGAAGACAGCACUCACACGACGAACAAUUAGUCAAGCAGCCAUACAAAGAGGCAACUGAAGGGCCAUUGCUGCAUGUGGGUGGGAAAGAAUGGAUCGAGCAGGCCGAUGAGGUCAAGCUGGCGAAGGAGUUCGAGAAGCUCACCCAGCGGACCUACACGCCGAUGACGCAGGCGAUGGCCGACGAGGUCGAGAAGCUGACGGGCACGUACUACACGCUGCGGGAUGACAAUCUGAUGAUGGCGCAAACCUUUGACGAGGUGACCGGCAAGCCGUACACUGACUUCAGUUUCGGCCGCACAACGCGCGUCACCAAGCCCGAGGCUCUCCGCACCAACUUCCACCAAGCCGUAAUCGAGAUUCACGCUCUGAAGCAGGCCGGGAAGGACCUCGACAUCUCGAAGCAAGCGAACCGAGGAAUCUACGAGGCGCCUGGAUGGAUUCAGGAUGUCAAGCUGCAACGCAACAAGGAGGGCAAGAUCGCUCUCGCCUUUCCCGCAGGGCAGUCGCUGGAGUCCUUGCUCGCAGAAAUGGAGCAUGUUCCUGACUACGCCCCUCCGGCACCCGAAGCGCUGGAGCCCGAGGCCUUGGAGGAGGUCCUGGAAGAGGAACUUCUGGCUGCAGAGGGCCAACCCGUCGCUCCAGCAGCUCCAGUGGUAGAAGAGCCCGCGCCGACCAUGGACCCCGCCACUCCUGCCUUCAAAAGGGCAGCGCUCGUCAAGGAUGAUGCCGAGAAGCCCAAAUUCGACUUCAUGUCGAACAGGCCUGUGCCUCGCAAAAUCCAGCCUGCCGAGCCGGUCAAGCCCGUCGAGCCCGUUGCGGAAGUCGUCGAGACUGUGCAGGAAGUUGUCGUAGAACAACCCGUGGCUGCAGCCCCGGCUUUGGAUAUCGAUGCCGCUUUCGCAACCUCUUCAAAGACCCUAAAUGAGCUCCGCCAUGCUGUCCUAGAAUCAGCUGCCCGCUCGAGCGAGAAGAAUGUCGCUGACGUACGGAAACUGCUCCACAACACCAGCACACCUGCACCUAGCAAGACUGUACUGCGCGUGGAGCUCGAUUCACAGGUAAAGUGGCAGCAAGUCCCUGUCACAGAUAUCCAACUCAAGUUUGCUCUCUCGAAGCGCCUCACCCAGCUCACCGGCCACCGCAUCUCCGACCGGCACCUUACCUCCGCCAAAGACAUCGGCGACCUUUACCACCACAUCUGCGGCACCGCAAAGUCCAAGCCCACCGACGUCUACUCCUACCUCCACACCGAAGGCACCCGCCAGAACCACCACAUCAACAUGCUCACCCGCAACCACCCCGAGGGCGCCGUCAUCAAGGCGCGCGCGCCCGUCACCGGCGAGCUCCUCAAAGCAGGCAACGUGCAGAUCCUCCGCAAGAAGCCUACCAAGGAGGAGCGCCGCGUGCAAGUUGGAUUGAACAAGGUCGUCCGCGGGGAAAUGGUCAACAAGGGCCUGCUGCCCGACCCGGAGAAGCAGCGCACGAUGAGAGGACUGCAGAGGCCUGGGGAGGCGCAGCGCAAGAGGGAGCUAGCGCGGCUGACGGCUUUGUUCCCGGAGUUUCAUGGGCAGGGGGAGGAGACGUAUGGGUUGAGGAAGAGGGCUACUAGGACGUAGCGUGUGCAGGGACGAGUGUAACAUAGGCUUGCAUUGCAUGGUUCGGCGCGGCGCGGCUGCUUUGUACUAUAUGUAGGAUUGGUGGGUUGCGUGACAGGGCUGCUAUAGUGUACAUUUUGUGUUGAUAGCCUGGGAAUAGAAUGACGCCCGCCGUUGCAGCUGCCA